AUGUCUGGGACCAAACAGCUGCAGGAGGGCUCUGGUGUCGAGGCUAGUGGCGAAGAAUCGGCCGGGGAAAUGACCUGGGAAAAGCCCGAUUUUGAUAGUGGAAAUCCCAAUUUAAAGUCCCAAAAUCCUCGAUUGUUGCGUAAAAGGCGCACCCAUUACAAUUCCAUUAGCCAUGCGGGUGUCAACGGUCUCACAUUAGCUUCAGGGAAUUCACCAUCCUGUGGUGAUGGUCUACUCAUGAGUACUCGAGUGCCAUAUGGGAAAAAUAGCAGGAAAUCUCGCAACGGUUUCAGACAAACGCCGAAAAAGAGUUUGUUUGGGUUACUGGUUUACGAGGUUUUAGCAUCGGACAAGGAUGUGUGGAUCCGCGUCGGUGAUGAAUUGGACGAACUAGAGCUCGAUUGUGGCGAUCCGGAUUAUGAAUCGGAGGAAGAGAACCCAGUUGUUAUCGAAACUGUUAAAGCAGUUCUCUCUGAUGAGGAUUUUGAAGAAUUCUUUUCCACCCUUGUCCACGAAUACUAUGACCACUGCAAUGUGGAGGAGGUCAUUGAUGGUUUGAAGGAUAUCGCAAUGACUCCGUUGCAACGCAGACGCCUGCCUGUUUUGGCUAUCAAUCUUGCUCUGCAACAAAAAAUGGGUCAUUGUGAACUGACAUCCGAACUUCUGUCUGCCAUGUGCGGCAAAGUGAUAAGCAUGUCUGGUAUGCAGCAAGGCUUCCAGCUACUCCUGGACGAUAUGCCUGACAUCGUCAUUGAUGUUCCCAAGGCUCCUGAGUACGUCGGUCGUUUCAUCGCUCGAGCUGUUGCCGACGAUAUUCUGCCACCUAAGUUUGUUCAGCAGUUCAAGGAGGUGAACGCUGCGAUGCCUCCGGCGGGCAUUUCACCUGUGGUUGCCGACACGGCCCAUCCUCCGGUCCGCAUCGCGUCUCGCCGUGAUAGUGCCAGUAUCGCCGAGAGCGUCGGUGCAAACACACGAAGCAGCUCCGGGAUCAGCUCUGGCUGCGACGGCAGUGCUCACAUGACGCCUUCCGGUGAUGCGCCCGUAAAUUACGCUUUACAGGCAAUCAAUAAAGCAGAGGCACUGCUCACGCUGAGCCACGCGUACCGUCACUUGGACAUCGUUUGGGGCAUUCCACCCAACGAGCGAGUCACCACUAUGCUGAUGAAACAGAUUUACUGCAUACUUUUAGAGUACCUGCGCACUGGCAAUUUUGAGGAUGCUUUGUCAUCUCUCCAGGAGCUCGACUCACCUCAUUUCCAUCACGAACUGGUUUAUCAGGCGAUUUUCUUGGUUUUGGCGCGCGAGGCCGACGAUCAUGUAUCGGAUCGCAUGCUCGAACUGCUUGACAAACUGUGCCGCUCGGUAGUAAUCAGCUUUGAUCAGUUGGUGACUGGUGUAAAGAGGGUUUAUGCCGAGUUGCCUGAACUACAUCAGGAUUUGCCUAUUGUGUACGUCCUUCUUGAACGCUUCUUGCGUGCCGCCGUUGUGAAAGGUUUUUUGCCUCAAAAGCUCGCGAAUGAGAUGCCUGCCAAUCCACGAAAGCGAUAUGUUUCCGAGGGUGAUGGUUUUCGCAAAGCCGCCACAACUGAGCGUGUCUAG